CCCCCCCUCCCUCUUCAUCCCGGUGUCAGUUCAGCCUACCUUUCACCGGGGCCGUUAAACCUCGACAAGACGUAAUGAGAGGCUUUCGAGGAGCUGCUUUACUCACGUCGCUGUUGAUCUACGUCCCGCCGGUCCAGAUGACUUAUAUCUUUGUCUAUGGGACUCUGAAGAAGGGUCAGCCCAACUACUUCAGGAUGCUGCCGGACCAGGGGAACGGGAAGGCAGAGUUCUGUGGUCACGCCCGCACCGUAGAUGGCUACCCGCUGGUGAUCGCUGGGAAGUACAACAUCCCGUACCUGCUGAACCGUCCCGGGGAGGGCCACAGGAUCCAGGGGGAGGUGUACAGGGUGGAUGACAACAUGCUGAGCUUCCUAGACGCCUUCGAGGGCUGCCCCACCAUGUACCAACGCACCUCCGUUCAGAUAGAGUUGGAGGACUGGAAGGUGGAGGGGAGAGAGAGGAGCCCAGGCAGCAUGAUGGAGGCCUUCUUGUACAGCACCACCUCCUACCAGCCUGCCUGGCUCAAACACAACUUCUAUGAGAACUACGAUGCCUACGGAGACCAUGGCUUAGUGUACAUCGACAGGGAGGACAGAGAGAUCCACUGAAGGAUCUGUAGUCUGGGUGCCAUCAUGCCACUCCUUGUUAUGAUAACACCAGCAGGUCUGGGACCUGGCUAGAGGAUAGAUAGGCUGCUACACAGGAUAGCUUUUUAGAUAUGGUAACUUGGUACUGUUGUUUUUACAAUUGACUACUUUUUACUGGCCAGGGAUGUAAACUGCUGAGGGCCCUAAAAGGAGACACGUUGUUGUUGCACUGAAACAUGUAAUAAAUCCCUGCUAGGGGGAAGUGCACGUUUUAACUAAUUAAACAACAGAAUAUCAUCUACAUGAUCAGUCUCUGUGUGUAAAAUAACUCACAGAUAAAACAAUCCAAUGUUA